AUGGGAUUCAGCAACGAUAGAGAUAUCAUCCACAGACAUGACGAUAUGGAUCAUUCUCACUGCUAUGAUAUUGUUGCUAGUAAUGGUAACAGUGACAGAAAAGAGAUGUGGAUGGCAAUAAGUGCAAGCAGUAGAUUCAAAAGUGCUUGUAACGUUUCAGUCGAUGAUGCUAUUGCUGCUACUGCUGUUGCUGCUGUUACUUCUGCUGCUGUUUCUGCUAUUGCUGUUGCUGCUGCUGCUAUGAAAACCAAAAACCUUGCACAUAAAGGAGAUCAAAACUAUUCUGUAGCUUGA